AUGACGAGUAGUACACCGGAGGCGAUGUUAGAGGGUGCUAUACAGAAAGUGAAAACGAAGGGUGGUGGUGGAUGGGAAUCACUCGUCGUCGGAGUGGAGGAAGUUUCGGGGCGUCAAGCGGCAGUCAUGGGGAAAGUCCCCCCAACAUACACACCCCAAACCUUGCUUGCUAAUUCAUUCGCCAUUAAUGCCGACCAAUCUCUCAACCUAAAUGAUGAAGUUUUAGGUCUUAUAGUUUUCAAAUCUUAUCUUACUGACCCAUCAUCUCAUCUAUCCUCAUGGAAUCAAGAUGAUGACACCCCGUGUUCUUGGAGGUUUAUAACAUGUAAUCCGGCCACCGGAAGGGUCACCGGACUUUCUCUUGACGGAUUAAAUCUCUCCGGGAAGAUCGGUAGAGGUCUCGAGAAGUUGCAGAAUCUCAAGGUACUAUCACUUGCUCGUAACAACUUCACCGGAAACCUUAAUCCUGAACUUUCACUCCUCACCAACCUCCAACGCCUUAAUCUUAGUCGAAACGGUUUUUCGGAUCGAAUCCCGGGUUCUUUGAUGAACUCAGGCAGCAUAAAGUUUCUUGAUCUGUCAGAAAACUCGUUAUCUGGACCAGUUACUGAGGAGCUCUUCGUCAAGUGUUUGUCUCUUAGAAUGCUUUCCUUAUCUGGAAAUAAUCUUGAAGGUCCAAUUCCUAACUCACUUCUAAAAUGCACAUCUCUGAAUCAUCUGAAUCUUUCCAACAAUCGUUUUUCGGGUAAUCCCAUCAAUUCGGGUCUUUGGUCGUUGACUCGGAUUCGAACAAUGGAUCUUUCUCGUAAUAUGUUCUCGGGAUCCUUACCUAAUGGAAUAUUUGCUUUGCAUGACCUGAAAGAGCUUUCUUUAGAAGGGAAUCACUUCACAGGAGCUUUGCCUUCUGGUAUUGGCUUAUGUCCACAUCUGAAUAAGCUAGAUUUAAGCAAUAAUCUCUUCACAGAAGCAAUUCCAGAAUUCCAGGCUCUUUCUUCUCUAAAUUAUCUGAAUCUAGCCAACAACAUAUUAACCGGUGAAUUCCCUCAAUGGAUUGGAAGCUUGACGAGCCUAGAAUACUUGGAUUUUUCCGGCAAUGAUUUGACCGGAACCCUACCGGAAUCAAUGGGAGACUUAAGAUCAUUGAGUUAUGUAAGCCUUUCCGAUAAUAGAUUAAGUGGGAGCAUUCCGUUGUCAUUAGUUUCCUCCAGCAAACUAUCGGUCAUUCGGCUACGAGGGAAUAAGUUCAAUGGUAGCAUUCCCGAUGGUUUGUUCGAACUGGGGUUGGACCUGGUCGACUUUUCUAGAAACGAACUCACUGGUUCCAUCCCUCCGGGUUCAAGUAGGCUUUUCGAGAAUCUUCAGUCACUAGAUCUAUCCGCAAACCGGCUCACAGGCGAUAUUCCGGCUGAAAUAGGACUUAACUCUAGAUUAAGAUACUUGAACCUGUCAUGGAAUAAUUUUGAGACAAAAAUGCCCCCAGAGCUUGGGUACUUCCAGAAUCUAACUGUGUUAGAUCUCCGAAAUGGCGCCUUUCACGGGUUCAUCCCUGCCGAUCUUUGCGAUUCCGGCAGCCUUGGAAUCCUUCAACUUGAUGGAAACUCUUUCACAGGAUCAAUACCUGAUGAUAUUGGAAACUGUUCAUCCCUCUACUUGCUGAGUGUGUCUCACAACAGCUUGAGUGGCUCCAUCCCAAGAUCAAUGUCACUACUGAAAAAGCUCAAGAUUCUGAAGCUAGAAUACAACCAACUGAGUGGUGAGAUACCACCGGAGCUGGGCGGACUGGAAAACCUCCUGUCUGUAAACAUAUCCUACAACAGGCUGCAGGGAAGACUUCCCACCGGGGGCAUAUUUCAAAGCUUACAACAAAGUUCUUUGGAGGGCAAUUUAGGUAUUUGCUCACCACUGUUGAAAGGUCCAUGUAAGAUGAACGUCCCAAAGCCUCUAGUUCUUGAUCCAUUCGCAUACGGGAAUGAAAACGGAAGACACCAAGGAGGACGAGGUGGAGAAGGAGCUGACCAAUCUUCUAGAAGUCUCCGACACCAUCGAUUUCUGAGUGUUUCGGCCAUCAUUGCGAUAUUAGCAGCCAUCAUGAUCUCCAUUGGGGUUCUAGUAAUAAGCUUACUCAAUAUUUCUGCUAGAAGGCGGCUAGCAUUUGUUGAUAAUGCCAUCGAGAGUUGUUCAAGCUCUUCCCGCUCUGGACCCAGUUUAUCGAUGGGGAGGCUUGUUUGGUUCGAUUCAAAAACCGACCCCAAUUGGGUUGUGAGUCCGGAAUCUUUUCUAAAAAAGGCAGCUGAGAUCGGUGAAGGGGUUUUCGGGAGCGUCUACAAGGCUUCAUUAGGAGAAGAAAAUGGUAGUGAUAAUAUUCUAGCGAUCAAGAAUCUUGUGGUCUCGAACAUGAUCCAGUAUCCUGAAGAUUUUGAUCGAGAGGUUCGAGUUCUAGGAAGAGUUAGACACCCCAAUCUAGUAUCGCUAAAAGGGUAUUACUGGACACCAAAAUUGCAGCUUCUAGUGACGGAUUACGUACCAAAUGGUAGUUUACAGACCAAACUCCAUGACAGACCACCUUCAAGUCCACCACUUUCAUGGCCGAAUCGAUUCAAGAUCCUGCUAGGAACCGCAAAAGGACUCGCUCAUUUACACCAUUUUUUUCGUCCACCGAUCGUGCACUACAACAUCAAACCCAACAACAUUCUUCUAGACGACAAUUUGAAUGCCAAAAUUUCAGACUUCGGGUUGACCAGGCUGGUGUCGAAGCUCGACAAGCACGUGAUGAGCAACCGGUUCCAGAGCGCGUUAGGGUACGUUGCUCCGGAACUGGCGUGUCAGAGCUUACGGGUGAAUGAGAAAUGCGAUGUUUACGGGUUCGGGGUCUUGAUUCUGGAGAUAGUGACGGGAAGACGACCAAUUGAGUACGGAGAAGAUAACGUGUUGAUAUUGAAUGAACAAGUGAAGGUUAUGCUGGAAGAAGGGAGUGUAUUGCAGUGUGUUGAUGAAAGUAUGGGAGAAUAUCCAGAAGAAGAAGUUUUGCCUGUUUUAAAGCUGGCAUUGGUAUGCACUUCUCAGAUACCUUCAAGCAGGCCAUCAAUGGCGGAAAUUGUUCAGAUAUUGCAAGUCAUCAAGACACCAAUUCCUCAACCAUUUUAGAUUUUCUUUAAUUAUGUACGUUGGUAACAUUUCUUUUCUUCUAUAACUUAAUUGAUGAUUUCAGCUCGAUGAUUACCACUCUUUUAGUUACUUCAUCCCUUAAUUAUAAAGCAUCGGAUCCAUGAC